GAAUUGUUUUAGGGUUUCGAUAAGAAGCGAACGGAGGAGGAAACGAAGACGAAGACGAAGACGAAGAAGAAGAGGAGCGAAAAUGUCGGGAUCGAUCAAGCACGAAGUCGCGGAGAACUACGACGCGCUCCGCUUCGGGUUGAACGGGGUCAAGGGCGAGAUCGUCGGAUCCCACCCCCUCGAAAACCUCCGCGAAUCCAGGGAUAGGUUCUGGGAGGAGAAGAAGCGGGCAGGGUUGGCGCUUACGUACGGAUCGGCGUUCAAUCUCAGGAGGGAUCUCGAUGCACAAAUCCUUGCCAAAUUCCAGAGGCCUCCUGGUGCGUUACCAUCCUCCAUGAUAGGAUUUGAAGCUCUCACAGGAACCCUGGAUGAUUUCGGCUUUGAAGAUUACUUGAAUGUGCCGCAAGACUCGGAAACCUUCCGACCUGCAGACAUGCACCACGGGAUGGAGGUUCGUCUCGGCAUAUCCAAGGGGCCUGCUUGCCCGAGCUUCAUCUAAUGAUCUCUCUUCUACCAUGGCCUUCCUUCAGGAAACUUAUGUUCUUCUCCUACAUGGAACAGAUUUAAGUUUGAUUUCUCAUAUUUGAACUCUACACAAGGUUUAAUGUAUGGAGGAGGGACGGUAACAUCGUUUGUACUUGUUUAUUAAUGCAUUUCUUUGGUGGAUAA